CAAACACAGCAAACAGCUCCAGUUUUUCUUCUUCCCAGAAAUGUUUAUAUAGGAAGAUUUAUCCUUUAUAUUUAAACAGGAGAACAGCGAAAGAAGGUAAAAUACAACUCGGUUACCUUCACGCAUCUGCAGGUACUGGUCCCGGUGAAGAGCGAGUGCGGCACCUCGAUCUGAAGCAGGAGAAAUGUGGCUGAUCGUGUUGGCCAGUUUACUUCACUGCGCCUCGGCUUAUGAUGUGGAUCUGAAGAAGCUGGGGGGGCUGGCAAGAGCGAGGGUGGAGACGUGUGGUGGAUGACAGCUGAACAGGCUCAGAGAGGUCAAAGCCUUUGUGGUCCAGGAUAUUCCUCUUUACCAUAACCUGGUGAUGAAGCACAUUCCUGGUGCAGACCCCGAGCUUGUCCUCCUGAACCAUUAUUAUGAAGAGCUGGACCGCGUCGCCCUGUCUGACAUGACCCGCUCUGAGAUAAACGAGCUGCUGGGGAAACUGGGUUUCUACAAGAAGGCUCAGGCCGAGGAUGAGGUGCCGGAGGAGUUCCGCUUCUCUCCUGCCAAAGACAGCCCGUUCAAAAAUGAGCCUGCCUACCAGCCUUCUACUUCAUCUAUAGCCACAGAGAGUGCCUCCUCAGAGCCCAGCACAGAAGUCAAACACACUGACCUGUAAGAGUAGACAUCAGCAGUAACAGUACCCCUCUAGCUCCCUUAGCUGCUCCACGACCAGCUGAUUAUCACAGGUGACAGAAAUGUUUGUAAUUUUAGAGCCUAGCAGAUUACAGAUGAGCCCGUCAGCAGGCCUUUGUAGACGCUCCACAGUCUGAAUUUGCACCUUUUUUUUUUAACAUCACUGUCCAUUGUGUUGUCAUCUGUCAUAAUGAUCUUUGCCUCAUUUGAGCUCUUUUGUGUGUCUGUGAUUGCCUCUGACCUACUGUGAAACUAAAUGAAGCCUCAGGCUGAAAAUCGUCUGACUGGCCUGGGGUUGAUGCUGCGUGUUCUGGUGGGUUGGGCUGAUGCGCACAAAAAGACUCAAGUGCAUGGAAAGUAAACCAUUUUUAAAAAGAAGUGUGCUCUGGCUCUUGUUGUGCUGAGUGUUUGUGUGCAGAUAUCCCACGCUGCCGGGACCAUGGAUAGUCUUCAAAGCAAUAAUCCCACAAACACACGUUUGUUUCUCAAAUUGGUUUAUUUCACAUUUAACUGUGGUGCACAGAAAAAUGAAAUAAUGUGUUUUAGCUCUCAUAUAUAUAUACACACACACACACACGGACACACAUACAAUACUCCACUGCUUCAUGAAAGCUUUUUUUCUGUCGGCAGCAGAUAGUUCUCAAAUAAUCUCUGAAAUCUAAGAAAUAAGCUUCUUUUAAAUCAACUCUGAAACCAAAUUUUCUUCUCGUAGAAACCCAAAUUUUGUACAAGUGAAAUAAAAUAUUCAUUUAAAAUUAUUUUUUGUCCCUUUUCCUCUUAGCUACAUUUAGUUAACUAUACAGUUGGCUGGUUAUCAGUCAUGAAUCCUCAUGUUUGUACUGAAAGCCGGCUUUCACACAAGAAAAUAUAACAUUGUGGCAUCUUAAGCUUAUCGACAAAACCUUUUAAAAGCAUGAUGUACACACCAGCGUUAACCGUAUUAAAAACUACUCAAGCAUAAAUAAGGAGCCCUCUAACAGAGCUGUGUGAGAAUGUGUGUGGCAGGGCAAUGCAGCGGUGGUGGGAGGUGUGUGUGUGUGUGGGGGGGGGGGAGACGACUGUGUGGUCUUCUGCACGUAUGCUGUCCACCAAACAGCCAGUAAUGACACAAAUCAGCUGAAUGACUUCUUUGUACCGAAAUACAAAAAAAUCCAAACCUCAGUUUAACAGCUAGCACCUUUAAUCCAUACUUAUAUGAUGGUGAUGGUGAUGAUGAUGAUGGUGGUGUGGUCAUACAGGAUGGAUCAAAUGUCCAGUAAAUAUCCUCAGUAGCUGUUUGGACUUCAGAAAAGUGAGAUUACAGCAACGAUGUUGAAUCCAUUUGAAUAACAAAGGCAGAAAAUCCCUGUGCUCAUGUAAUAAGAAUCAUUAUACUCAUCAAUUACAUCAAAAAGAAAAUAACUUAAUUAAAACACUUCAAGCAACAUGAGUUUGGUAAAAAAAAAAAAAAAAAGUAAAAG